AUGGCUGAAGUUACUUUUUGUGAAGAAUGCAAUAAUAUUUUAUAUGCUAGAAGUGAUCGUAAAAAUAAAAAGCUUAUUUAUGUAUGUAGGAGUUGUGAAUUUAUUUCUCAUAAACAAAAUGAGGAGCACAAUGUUGUAGCAAGAAUUAAUUACAAUUAUAAUAGAAAGGAAGAUAUAUAUAUACAUCCAGAAACAAAAAAUGAUCCAGCAUUGGGGAGAGUAAGAGAUUGGAAAUGCAAACAAUGUGGGAACAAUGAAGCAGUUUUUUUACAAUUACCAGAAAAAAUUAGUUAUAAUCCGAUGGCUUUAAUUUAUGUUUGUACAGAUAAGAACUGUCAUUAUUGGGAGAAAGAAAUACAACAAAAGAGUGAUAACUUAUAUAAAAGUGAUGAAUCAUCUGAUUCUUCUGAAGGUAACGAUUCUAAGAUAUCCAUCAAAGAAGAAAUAAGUGGAGAUGUUAUAGAUGGAGAAAGAAAAAAUAACGGAAAUAACGGUACUAUUAAGAAAAAUAGAAGAAAAUUGAAAAAAAAAAAAGAUGAAGAGGAGGAAGAAGAGGAUCAAUUAAAGCAAGAGUUAUAUAAAAUAUUAAAUAUAAAUGAAAAAGAAUAUAAUGAGGAAAUGAAAUUAAAAAAUGAAAAUUUAUAUGAUUUAAAUAUAGAAGAAUAUUUUUGCGAAGAAUAG